AUGACUACUCAGUGCGCUAUGUAUCGCAUCAAAAAGCUCGAACAUAGUACAUCAGGUACCGGGACCUCGUGCUACAGAGCUACAGAUGGAUCUCUAUGUUUCUGUACAGUAAUAGGCUUUAACCACGGUCACGAAUCUGGUCUUGGUUUAGAAUGCUGCCCACUUCAUUCGCUUUUUAAUAUACAAUGCGAGCCCAUUGUUCUGAAAAGCAAUUCGCGCUUUCGCAUUCUUCUGGGUAAUUCUCCCGACACUGCACAAUUUAAAAACCAGCCAAAUUCGAAACAGCUUUCUUUAAGAGGUGUGGUAGAGAAUAUCCUCUUUAAUUGUACAGCCGGGGACGUGUUCAAUGUAGAUAUAGAAUCCGUUGAGAGAGGCGAAAAACACAAAGAUCCUACAGAGUAUCAUCUAUCACUACGCGUUGACUAUGUACUUGUUCCACCGAUCUGUGGCGAUCCUACUAUGAAUGCUAAAGCUAAAAUAUUGGAAUCAGAUUUAAGAGAAAAUACUACAGUUGACUGGAAUCCUGAUUUAACAAUUCAAUGGUUAUAUCGAGCUUGGUAUUUAAAAGAAAGAGGUUCUUGGUUAGUAAAUCAUCAUUUGAAAUGUGUAACAUCACACUUGAACAAUUCAAAUAGUAAUAAUAACAGAGAGGAAUUAUUCAAAUACAUUUGGUCAUCAGCUUUUGCAUGUUAUUCCAGAGCUUUGCAGCUUGUUUCAUUAGCUUAUUGGUCUGAAAAAACAUGUGUAAAUGAUGUUUUACCAAUGGGAACUGACGAAAAUGGAUCUGAUUGUACAAAAAAUAAAACUAGCACAAAUAGUAAUAUACACUGGAUUCAAGUGGUAUCAGGUGAAAAAUCCGUAACUUGUAAUAACGGUGAAAAAUUGAACAGUUCAGACUACAAAGAUUGGGAUCAUUUUGGGGAUAUUGAUCACAAAACUAUGUUUCCAUUACAAUGUAAACCUUUACGCUUGAUGUUUAUCCUCCUUUCAAAUGUUGCUUUAUGUCAAUUGAAAGUUGGAUCUAAUGAAUAUUGUGCUCGAAAUUGUUCACAUGCUUUAUAUCUUCUUUCAUGUCAAAUAGAUUCUUCUAUAUAUUCAUCAACUAAUGAUUAUUAUCAUCAAGAUAUCAUUAAUACAUCAUUAUUUUCACAAGAAAAACUUCAAUUCUAUUGGGAUAAUUUUGAAAUAUCUUAUCAAGAUAUACAUAAAGUACUAUUUCGUCGUGCUCAAUCUUAUUUUAAUCAAGGUAAAAUGGAUGAAGCUAAAUUUGAUUUGGAAAUAUGCGUUGAAUUAAUGAAAAGUCAGUUAUUAACAUUGCAAAAUAAAGACCAUAAGGAGAAGACUAUAGAAAGUAAUAAUAAUAGUAAUAAUAAUAAUGUUGAUAAUGAACAAGAAAAUGAGGAAAAGGAUACGGAGAGCAACAACAAUUGUAAACAAAUUAAAGCAGCUUUACAGGCUAGUGAAAACCUUUUAGUCAAAGUGAUUGAUCGUAUAAAACGUGAUCAAGAUGAAUUACUCUCUCGUAUUAGGAAACGAACACAUGUAAAUGAGUGA